CGCCCGUUGGAUGCCGACGAGAGUGAAUGGUCAUUCCUAGAGCGGCCCUAUCACACUCGAAUACACGAGACACGACCAGCGUGCCGGAACCUGUCGGCGACCAAAUACGGAUACGGAAGUGAGCGGAUUCUGGAGCUGGGACAUGGAGUACGGACAGCAGCCGGUAUGGCGCAGCGUGGGGCUGCUUGGUCGAAGCGCGGACGGUCCCGUGUUCGGUCCGGGUAACUGUGAGAAGAGGUUGCUGUGGGCCGCUUCGUUGCUUUGCGUCUUGCUGGAUCUACAGUUGCCAGGUUUGUUGGCUGCUGGGCAAGCUGAGAUUGACAACCAUCUAGAAAUGGGUCGAAAGCUACUGGCUGCUGGGCAGCUGGCUGAAGCUCUCUCACACUACCAUUCAGCAGUGGAAAUUGAUCCGAAAAAUUACCUUACCUAUUACAAACGGGCCACCAUUUACCUGGCUAUGGGCAAGUUUAAAUCAGCAUUGCCAGAUCUCUCCAAAGCUAUUGAGCUCAAGCCAGACUUCCUUGCGGCCCGGCUUCAGCGAGGCAAUAUCCUUCUGAAACAAGGGUACACCCAGGAAGCAAAACAAGACUUUGAAGCUGUGCUCAAGAGCAAUCCGGAUGAUGCAGAAGCCCAGAACCAACUGUCCAGAGUCACUGAGCAGGAAUUUUCCAUGCAAGAAGCUCAGACUGCCUUUCAGAAAAAAAACUAUCUGGGAGCAGUCAGUUUUCUGGAUCGAGUAAUUGAGAUCUCUCCUUGGGUUCCAGAACCCAAAGAGCUGCGCUCCGAGUGUUACCUCCAUCUUGGGGACUACAACAAAGCCAUCAUGGAUUUGAAGCCCACCACUAAGCUGCGGAAUGACAACAGGGCCGCCUUCCUUAAGCUUAGCAAGCUCUAUUACAACUUGGGAGAGCACGAGGAGUCCUUAACCCAAGUACGGGAGUGCUUGAAGCUUGAUCAAGAUGACAAGGACUGUUUUUCCCACUACAAGCAAGUGAAGAAGCUCACCAAGCAGCUGGAAUCCGCUGAGGAGCACAUCAAAGCUCAGAGAUAUGCAGAUGCGAUCGAGAAGUACAAAGCCACCAUGAAAACAGAACCCAACAUAGAGAUCUACACCAUAAAAGCGAAAGAACGGAUCUGCCACUGUUUAUCCAAGAGCAAACGGACCGCAGAAGCAAUAGAUCUCUGCAGCGAAGCCCAUCAGCUUGAUCCCAGAAAUAUUUUCAUCCUGCGCGACCGAGCAGAGGCUUUCAUCCUUAAUGAAGAAUUUGAGAAAGCCAUUGAAGAUUAUCAAGAAGCGAAAGAAUUUGAUGCUGAAAAUGAAGAAUUAAAAGACGGACUCGAGAGGGCACAGAAACUCCUGAAACAAUCCAAGAAGAGGAACUAUUACAAAAUUCUUGGAAUUCAGAGGAAUGCCAAUAAGCAGGAGAUCAUUAAAGCAUACCGAAAGCUGGCUCAGCAGUGGCACCCCGACAAUUUCCAGUCGGAAGACAAGAAAAAGGAAGCUGAGAAAAAAUUCAUCGACAUUGCAGCUGCUAAAGAGGUCCUGACAGAUCCAGAAAUGCGACAGAAAUUCGACUCUGGCGAGGAUCCUUUAGACCCGGAAAAUCAACAAGGAGGAUCAGGACAUCAGCACCAGUGGGCAUCCGAAUUUAACCCCUUUGGCUCUGGGAACUUUCAUUUUAAGUUUCAUUUCAAUUAAUCCGCCUGAGCCCCCCGAAGACCAAUGCAACACCUUGGCCAGUGAGUUGGACACAAAGAGGACAAUAACAAUUCCUACACAAAUGGAAACUGGGGGAGGGAGGUUAGUUUCCUUAUUUAUAUUUUCAAGUAUCCCUUUCCAGAUGAACAGAAAUUUGUUCCUCAAGAUAGUAACCUGGACCACAAGGAAGAUGGCGACCUCUUGCUUCUAGCUGCGAUUCCCAUGAAACAGUUAUUGGGAAGAGGGGGAUUUAUGAUGCAUGCAGAGCCUUAAACCCGUCUGUGCAUCCCAUCUUUUUUAGGGAUGUUUUCAAACUUAGGUUGAGCUCAAUCCUUGUAGUCCAUCUAAACAUCUUUCAAGUUCUUUGUUGCACCUGCAAGACCCGAGAAGCUCUGCCAGCCCUUUGCCAAGUAAACAGUUCAUUUUUAAAUCCCAGCAAGGCAAAAGUGUUCCCCCCGCUUUUUUUUUUCUUUCUCUCUCCUUUUUCUCUCUAUCUUUCUUAAAGGAAAAGCAUGCGAUUUUGAGUUCACCUUCCCAAAGAAAAGCUUGGCUGGACAUGUUGACAUUUGAUUCAUGCCAUGUGUGGUUUCAGUAACAGAUGCCGACGGGAGAAAAGGCCAGCUGGCUCCUGCCAAGAAUUGUGUUUUUGUGCCAUCUCUCGGUAGGGAAGGAGUUGUGGGGGAGGUUUAAACUUUUGGGGCAAGAUCUUUUCAACCUUGAAAUGAGGAGGAAACCCCUGUGUUAGACUGGAAAAGGGGAAGAAAAAUAAGGUUGGUUUGGUUGCUUUGAGCCUUUCUGGAUGGUGUUCUUUAUUGAUGGAUGUUGGUUUUGCACAUUGACUGAUCCUUCUUUCAAAUACUGGAGGAGGACUUGAAGAACAGUAUGGAUUCAGAAACAAAAAUUGAUACCCUUCGUGAUACCCUCCCCUCUGUCCCAGAAUUUAAUAUUUUCUGGGCAUAGUCGGACAGCUCUACCACUCACCGUUUUUUCUACAGUUAGUUUUAAAAAAAAAUUUCCUCCUCCUCCUUCCAUUUUUAUCUAGUACAGUCAUUACAUAAACUUUGUCUGUUUCAGUUGUCAUCGGAGUUCAAGGGGGGGGAAAAGAUUAAGGAGAGGUAUUAAUAUCCUGUCUUUACCAAGAAAGUGUCAAGAUUAAACAUUUUGUAUUGCAGAAAUAAUUGAUUUUUUUUUCAACCUUUAGCAUUUUGCUGGAGCAAAGGUUGAGGAAGCGACCUAAAGUGCUGAGUUAAGAAGGCUGAAGGUUCAGCAUAAUUUGCCUCCCGAGUUCUGAGCCAGAAGAAAAAAAUAAAAUACAUUUUAACUCGGGUUGAAAGCGAGCAUUUUAAACUGGGUGUAGUUGGGUAAGACUGGAGUACGAAUAGGUAGGGCUGUGCAUAAAAGAGAAAUCUUUUUGUUUCCGGUUCUGAGUUAAAUAGAU